AAUGACGGUGGCCCAAAUGGUAAAUAAUUCACUAUUGCAAAGUCUCUUACUUUUCUGUACAAAACUAUGGCUUUAAUAAAUCAACAGUUUGGGGGGAAAUACACAAAAAACCUGUAGAGCCGGUAGUACUGUUUGAUCUGCACCGUCCCCAUGAAAUAAGACAGGGAUGAAUCACAUUAAAACGCAUCCCCACAGGCGCACAUUGGCAGCUGCCGGCCUGUGUGAGUCAUGCUGGGAUUUGUAGUUUAAUUUUCCAGUGAUACCGGAGAGCCUCGCUGGACUACAAGUUCCAGCGUUCAACUGGGCAGCCAGUUUCUCUACUGCGAAACUGCUGUCAAAAGUCCUCGGAGGAGCGCGGUACCGGGACUGUGUUAUGAAACGGAUCGUCCACAGUUUACCGUGUCGCACAUCGGAGAGAUAAGUGGUGAAAAUCGGGGUUUAGUUAGUUUUGGCACUCGUACGGUAGAGCCUGAAGUCGCCUUCCGAUGAGAGGAUGUCCAGCCGGCUGCCUGCUCACGGCCGCUGUAAAGUUGCUUCGCAGCUGAUGUUUCUGUGAAAACGAAACCGACGUGGAAUCGGGACUUUAUUUCCUGGAUUCGUGAACAGACAAGGCGACACUGAAUCCUGGAGUGUGAGGAGGGCGUCGGAGACGGAGAGAGAGACGCGGACGAAGGGGAAGAGAGCGGUGGGAAAACUUGAGCAGGAUUAGCCAUGGAAGCGGGCUCGCAAGACGGGCAGGCGCUGGAGAAGUUAAUGGACGAGUAUCUGGAGUCGAAGGGCUUCUACCGAAAGAAAAUCGCCAAAGACGGCUCCUGUUUGUUCCGAGCCGUGGCGGAGCAGGUCCUGUAUUGCCAAAGCCGGCACACCGAAGUGCGAGCCGCCUGCGUCAAUUAUCUGAGGAAGAACAGGACGAAGUACGAGGCGUUUGUCGAGGGGAACUUCGCGGAAUAUUUGGAGCACCUUCAGGAUCCACAGAACUGGGUUGGAGAAGUAGAGAUUAGUGCCCUGGCUCUUAUCUACAAGCAUGACUUCAUCAUUUUUCAGGAACCUGGGAAACCACCUGUACAUAUAACUGAGAAUGGUUUCCCUGACCAGGUUCGGCUCUGCUUUCUAAACGGGAACCAUUAUGAUAGCGUGUAUCCGAAAGAGUUCGAGAGCAACGCCGCACUCUGCCAGUCCAUCCUGUACGAGCUGCUCUAUAAGAAGGUGUGCAGCAUGGAUGACGACCAGGUGGACGCCUGUUUAAAAGGCUGUGCUGUUACCGGCCGUGACGUAGGCGGGGAGUGUCGGAGCAGUGAGGAAUCGGACCUCGACGAGGACAGCGCUCUCGGGUCCAGGGAGUUGACCGAUUACUCAAGCGUUAACAACCUCAGAUCUACGAACAGCACUGGCACUCCUAAAGUACAGACACCGGCCAAAUCGAACAUUCCUCCGGCUUUGUCCCAGAGUGUGCGGAAGUCCCUGUGCCCGUUCGUAUUCCGAAAUGUGGCCUAUGACGUGUGGCUGAGGUCUCAGAGAGCCCAGCAAAAACGCGACUUCCGCAUCGCUGCAGGAAUGCAGUACACUGUCGGAGAUAAAUGCAAGGCGCGGCUGGAGAAUUCGGGGCGGUUCUACAGUGCGUACGUUCAGGAGGUAUCCCCGAACAACGGCCCCGUCAUGGUGUUCAUUGAAGAGCUCGGGAAGAAGCACAGUGUCCCUCUGUGUAACCUGCGACCCUCUACGGAUGAGGCGUUGACGUGGAGCACCGUGGCGGAAAAGGGGAGGAAGCAGACCUUUCUCGAUGGGAAUGGCCACCGAUCCGAGUGGGAGUCCAGAACGAGGAGGUCAGCGAAAGCUCCGUCGCCUGCAGCCCGGACGCCUGCGCAGGGCAGGAUUCAGAAGCAAGACUCCUGGCCCUCGCAGGUGGUAGCAGAGGAGCCGCCUUCCAGCAGGACCUCUCACCCCAGGAAGGGUGACCUCAGAACCACAGCUGCCCCACCACAGGAUGCUCACUCUGGGGCUCUGUCUGAGGAGCAGGCCCUCCUGGAGAUAAUGCAGAGAGACGAGAAAAGCUUCCCAGCCCUGGGAACUGCCGCAAAUGCCAACGGCCAUGGGAAGAAGGUGGGAGCCCAACUGGGUGAGAGUGGGAAGAGGGCAGGAUCACAUCCUGGAGACCGACGUGGGUCCAGGAAGAAGGGAGACCUGCAAGAGCAGUCCUGGGAGAGUGAAAGGAAAUCUCUCUCACCUAAAACUGGAAUGAAAGGGGAGAAGAUCAAGGGCAUGGCUUCAGCACAAUCUAAUUCUUCUCCGAAGCUGCAGAGUCCCAUUUCUGCUUCUGACCAAUCUCCAGCUCCUGCUCCAUCUACUCCCACCUCUCAAACAUCCCAGUCUACUGGGCCUGUCACCCCUUCUUCUCAACCAUCUCAAGCUCCUAGUCCAGCAACCCCUGCUCCCACUCAAACGACCCAAGGCACAAGACCUCCCACGGCUUCUCUGAACCAGUUAUAUCAAGCUCCUGGUCCAGCAUCUCGUGCUCCUGUACUGACUUCUCCGUCUUCUGGUCUCAUCUCCACUUCUGCUCCCACUCAGUCAUUUCAAGCUCCUAGUCUUGUCUCUACCUCUGCUGCUACUCGGCCAUCUCCAGUCACUGAUCUUGUUUCCACCGCUGCUCCUACUCAACUAUCUCAAGGUCCUUGUCUCAUCUCCACCUCUGCCCCCAUUCAACCAUCUCAAGCUCCGGUUCUUGAUGCCACCUCCACUACCAAUCAGCCAUCUCAAGCUCCAAGUCUUGUUCCCACUCAACCUUCUCCAGCCCUUGAACUCAUCUCCACCUCUGCUCCCACGCAGCCAUCUCAAGCUUCUGGUCUCAUCUCCACUUCUCCUCCAGCUCAACCAUCUCAAGCUCUUGGUCUUGGCACCCCCGGUAUCAGUCAAUCCUCCAAAGCUCACACUACCUUUGGCUCAGUUCUUGUUCAGCCACCCCAAACCCACGGCCCGUCGCAGGUGGCUUUCCUUCCGCCGCCUUCUACUCCACCAUCUCAAAUCCCGCUUCCACCUUGCGUAAUUCCUACUCCUCCACCUCAGAAGGGGCCAGUGCCUCCUUCUGGGUUUUCAUCCCUACCUCUGGAGCCCCCACCGUAUGAGGUAGCCACUAGCUGUCCUCUGGGUGUGAUGUCACAGGUGAGGAUCUCCCCAGGACCAACCACGAUACCCCUGCUGCCCGAACAGCUGCCUCACCCCCAUGGUCCCCACUCGUCUGCUGCUCACGGGCCCAUAGCUCAGCCCCCCAUACCCCCCCUGCACCAGUUCCCGUCCCCUUACCAGGACCCCCUGUACCCUGGCUUCCCUGUGAACGAGAAGGAAGAAAUUGAAAUGAUUCCGCCGUUUUCCUUAAUGUGCAACGGAGACGAUCUUCCCAGAGACACAAACAUCCUCAGAUUUUUCUACAAUCUUGGCAUCAAGGCGUAUACAUACCCCAUGUGGAUGCCCCAUUCCUACAUAUACCCCCUGUACCAAGCCUACAUGAAUGCCUGUGCCAUGCAGCCCAAGCCCCCGCCGCUGCCACAGUCUUCUUACGUGACGCCCUGGAUGGCGGAUGCCCCGGCCCCUGUCCUCCACAUGAACUCUGUGCAGGAGGCCUACAGCCAGGUGCCUUUCAGCCAGGCCGGCGGCAGGUCGUUAGGCCCGGGGGAGCCGCUGCACUGCCCCGUUCACCCUGGGGCCGGCCUGGGCGUGGAGGUGCCACCUCCCAGGCACUCGGACCUCUGCCUGGGCUCGGAGGGCCGGCCGGCCCUGGGGUAUAGCCCACAGUCCGCCCUCCAGCUGCCCCCCCGCAUGGGGAGUGUCUCUUGGUCCCGCCAGGCUGUAUACGCAGCGCCCACCCCGCAGUUCCACCCUCAGUUCCUGGCCUCCCCUCCAUACCCGACCAUCUUGCAAGGAUACCCCGUUCAGAGGUUGCCCAGCGCCAACCCAAGCAGAACUGAGCUGGCCAGCACUGCCGAGCCUCCUAUGUCCAAGUUUGCCAAUCAGUCAGGCACCGAUGGGACCGGCACCUCCACACCAGCUUCUGGGAUGGAGCAGUCCAUGGAGCAGACUGCCUCACCGGCUGCGGACGUGUCUUCACAGGCCAGCGUUCUGGCGGAUCCAGUCCUGUCACGCGAGGGUCACGUGGCCAGAGAGCCUGACCAGGCGGUUUCUCAGGCGACACCUGACUCAGCCGUGCCUGAGAAGGACCGUGCCCUGGGAGAGGUCAUCCUUGGACCGGGGGGUGACUGCGUGCCAGGAGCCACGGCAGAGAGUCCCCAAGGGAGCGCAAGGUCGGCCUACGUCGCAGUGUACCCUCGCAGGGAGGAGGGUGACGCCGACGGGCUAGCUCUGAGGAACGGCAGGUCCUAUUACGGCACCCACUACAGGGGGCGGAGAGGCUAUGAUGACAGCCAAGGCUACGGCAGGGAGAGGGGCUGGAGGGGCAGGGGAGCGUACCGCGGUCGGCGAGCCCUGGAUAGCCGGCGGGAGUACGGAUACAAGGAGAGAAGGCCAGGGGAGACCUACCCCACUGCCAACGAUAAGGGACAGAGUCGUGGCAGAGGCAGGGCUUAUAGCCAGUAUCACGGCGGUAGAGAGGGGGGCUACAGCGGCGACGGCCAGCGGCACCUCACCUACACCAACCCCUGAAGCUCUGUGGGGUUUCCAAGUCCACGAUAGAUUUUUGUUGUGUGUGUUUUUUUUUUUUUUUUUUUUUAUGCUUUUGGUUCUGGGAUUUUUCAUUUUAUUCCAGCUUGGAGCUUCUCGUUUCAGGUGUGGAGCAGUUGUUGCUAUAUACCAGAAUGUUCUCUUAGCUCCAGAGGUCCGAAUACGGGGUGGGGGGAGGGAACCUGCUUGGAAAGCCUAUCCCAGUCUGUGCUUCUAUUAAAUUAAAUAAAAUUUGGAUAUUUAAAGCCAAAGACUAAUUUUAGUCGGAUCGCAUUUUUUUUUUUUUUCAUAUUUGGAUUCAAAGUAUUCAUCCCCGGAAAAUAAAUUUCAGAGAUUGUCCGGCUGCUCCGUCUUUUUAAAGGACUUUGCGAGGGCGGGGGGGCUGAUUGUCUGGGUCUCGCUGCCUGAAUGCCUUCAUUGUGGCCCUGGGGGAGGUUUGAACAGAAACACGCUACUCAGAAACAAAACAAGUUUUUUAUUAUAGAGAUAUGAAAUUGACCAUUAUAUCACACUCUGCUGGAACUGUUAAGAUGUAUUUAUGGUUUGUUAAAGUUGUGUAAAAAUCCUUGUAAAAUUUUGCACAGAUUUCAGUGGUAAUAGUUGAUCUAUUUCCUCCUUUUCUGGAGAUUGGCUGGUGUUGGACCGACUCUGCCUUCCCCCUCCACUACCUCCGCCUGAGUGGAUUAUGCAGCCGGCCUUAAUUCCCAGUACUACCUGGUGCAAAUGUAACUGGGGCUGCAAAUGUCAAAUCAAGUAUUUAAUGAAAAUCCCAUCUUUUUGACCGUUGCGCCAUUACUGCAAAUAAAAAAUAGAUUUUUAUUUUUUAUUUUUUUUUAUGCCCCAGGACAUUUCUGCAGCAACACUUUAAGAGCAUUCAUGAAACACUCCUCCGAUCCAGUAGAGGGCGCCAGGUGCUCAACUUUUUCUGUUUUGCACUAGACCACCUGUAAUUUUGACUGUGCCUAUGCAUCGUGUUACGUUCCCCAUAUAAUUCUGAUGGGGGGGGAUUUAGGUUUGCUGUGAAUUCUGGUGAUGCUCUGGCUUUGUGCCUUCAAACAGAGCGCCAUGCUCACUAGUGCAGCUCUGUAAAGACACGACUACAGGGCUUUGCUGAGGCUGAGCCGCCGUGGGCAGCACAGUAAGCAGAAAGGCAGACGGGGCCAGAGCUGCACUGUCUGAGGGGUGGAGGUGGUGACGCCGUGUUUACACUGGUAUCUCUGAUGGUUGUAGUCCUUCACUUUAUGCAUGUCUGCUGUGUGUCCUCAUUUCUAUGCGCUUUUAGCUUUAAAAACACACACACACGUUGACACUUUACUGUUUGAAAGUAUUGUUGAAGUCUAGAGUGUUUAAUUCUGAAAGAUUUCUGGAUUUUUUAUUUUUUUUUGCUGUUUGUUUACCGAUUUGUGCCUGAGGUCUGUUAGAAUAAGGCAAAACAUAUUUGCUGAAAAGAAUAAAGGUUUGUUCCUCUGA